GGCCCUUUGCCGGCCGCGGCUCAUUAACUUGGAUGUCGCAGUGAGACUCCAUGCCGCCGCGCUGCCGUCCCGUCGGGGGUUCAACGGCCAACUCCAGCCUUCCAUCGUCUGCGUCUCAAAGUGUCCAUCUCUUUUGUCGCCGCCUCGUCCUCGCCACGGCCGCGAAGAAAAAGGGCGGGAACUCGUGGUGUCCGAGGGCUGCACCGACGACGUCAUGUCCUCCGCGGCGGUGGCCAUGGUGCGGAAGCACGCCGCCAACCCCGAGAACCUGAUCGCCGGCACGCUGCAGCGCUCCCUGGCGGACACAUGCCACCUCUUGACGGAGGGCCUGUCGACGCUCCGGACCUACGCCGAGUCGUGCGGCGCCGAGCCCGACGUGAACCAGCGCGUGGCGCGCGCCCUGGUCAAGGUGCGGGCCAUGCUGUGCGGCGAGUCCGGCGUAUCGGCAGGUACGCCCCAUUUUCGGAACGCCCCCUUUUGUUGUUGGAGCAAAUAUUUCCGGGAAAAGGGUCGCGCGUUUUGUUAUUUUUGCCAAUGGGCGCUUCCAGCUGCUGUGCGCCGCCGGUCGCGCCGUUGUGUGUGA